AUGGAUCCACGGUGGUGUCCCGUCCUCUUCGCUGCAUUGGCUGUCAGCCUUUGCUCCUCACCUGCCGUCGCUGACAGAAAAUUUGGCUGCCUGUUUGAAGACGAGCUCUGUACAUCGUAUGAGUUCUGCGUCAAUGAUGGAGUGUUUGGAAGGUGCCAGGAGUUGGCCGGUGCAGACCUGUAUACAUACGAUAUUUCUUCCUCUUCGCUGCAACACCUCAGAAUCCUCCUACAGAAAUUGGCUCACAGAGGUUUGACUUGGCGGGAUGACAUCACCCAACAAGUCAUCUCUAGAGAGCUCUCCAAAUUGAGGAACAUCCCCCUCCGCCAUGAGAUAACGCCCCCGAGUCCCCUGACCUCCUACAGCAGCAGAGACAGGAAACAGAGGCCUGUGCAUGCAGAGCUGAGCAGAAACCUUCAGCAGUACCUGGCCGGUCUGGGCUUCCUGCCACAAUUGGAGGUAGCUGGACACCAAGGAGUCCAACAAGUAGGAGCCAGUGUUCAGAAUGAAGACAUUAGGUCUGAUGGUCUUUUGGAGCCAAUCCGACCAAAAUCCAAGCCAGGCUGGAAGGAGACCACCGUCUACAGCCUUAAGAAUGGAGCUGGCCAAACUCCAGUCACCAAAGUCUUUACUCAGAGUGGCGAGGGGAGGCACCCCAAGCUUAGUACAACCUAUCCUAACCGAGACGCAGGGAAGAGCAAGCUCCUUUCCAGUCACCUGGACUGGCUUCUUGCAGGGGCACCAGACAUUCAGCAGGGUGCCCCAGUUGGCGAAGCUGCAUGGCCCAAAGGAAAGGUCCACUACCUCAGCUACAUCUGGCCAGAUCCCAGUGACAAUGCAGAGCCACAGUCUCAGAUGGCUUUUGGCUCCAAAACCUCAAGGCCUAAUCUGGAUAGACUGCUGUUCAAGGCCGGCUCAAACCGACUGAACGCCAAAGAGCCUCUUAGUGUCAUGGAUGAGCAAUUCAUCCAGAAUGUGGUGAACCAGCUGGGAAGGCAUAGCAUCACGAUGGACGCUUUUAUGGGCAACGAUCUGGACCACCUGGCAGGGGUCAUCACCGGAGCUCUGAAGGAGGUGGAUGAAAAGCGGCCAGUGGCUGGGGCCCAGCCAGGACCAGAAGCCUCUGACCCCAGUGAGGUCCUGAAGGGUAACAUGCUGCCAUCGGCCAACAUUGAACUAAAUCAAGACCAGGACCCAAAGACAGACCACCACCAAGUGCAGGAUCUAAACCAUAAAGACACAUUGAGAUUGAAACAGCAAGGCCAACAAAUGGAUGGUGCAGACAGGGAGCCUCUUGACAAGCAUGCAGCUUUCUUCUCCAAGCUGCUUGACUACCUAAACAUGGAGCCCUUUGCUGAUGGUCCAGAGGUCAAAAGUGGUCCACCAGCUCCCAGUGGCCUCCAAAAACUGGUUGGACUGGAGAACGUCCAAAGCCGGACAACACAAAACCAAGUUCCUGUAGCCCACCACUGGGAGGAGAAAACCAUGACCCUGCCGGCGAAGGAAGGCUCAACCUUGCGUUUAACCAGCGGUGCACAGGGGCCUGACACACAGGUGGACUCAGAGAUUGAGAGGCUGAUGCAGGGGAUUCAAAUCCCGGCGGGGAAGAAACAGCUGGAGGAGCCACAGAAGAAGGACAUGAGAGUCAAAACUCAGUUGGUCCAUGUGGGGGUGAAGGAGUUUUCCAGCAGAGGGAAGGACAGACACUUUGGCUACAUUAUAACUGGCUCAGACUCCCUCUCCACUGACCAGGGCUUGGACCUGAUGGAGCGACUGACGCAGAGGCUGAAUCUCCACCCCGCAGAUCUCACUCAGCUCUCUGUCCUGGGCCCUGCGUUGACUUUCAGAGUUGGCCCCAACGCGAAGAAUGUGACCACUGCUGAUCUGGUUCAAGCUGCAGUCCAACAGAAGCAGCAGCUGGAGAAGGAGUCAGGCCUGAAGAUAGUGGAGGCUGGAGUUAGUGAUAGGGGCAGUCUGACCCAGAUCCCCAUGGUGAAGGAGACCAGGGUGGAGUCGGGCCAGUUCCUGCUGCUUUCCGUCCUUUGCAUGCUCUUCAUCCUGGUGGCACUGGCUGUGUCCGCCACUUUCUUCUGCGUGCGCCAGCGCUCCCACCUCCACAUGAAGGAGAAGCUGGCCAGCCUGGGUACUGACACCAGUACUGAUGCUACUGCAACCUAUCAGGAGCUGUGUCGCCAGCGUAUGGCGAUCCGGACAUCAGAACGUGUCGAGCGGCCAGAGACACUGCGCCACUCGCGUCUCAACAGUGUGUCAUCACAGUUCAGUGAUGGUCCUGCAGCCAGCCCGUCAACCCGCAGCAGCACCUCUUCCUGGUGUGAGGAGCCAGUGCCGUCCAACAUGGACAUCUCAACUGGUCACAUGAUACUGUCAUACAUGGAGGACCACUUGAAGAACAAGAACCGUCUGGAGCGUGAGUGGGAGGCCCUGUGCUCCUACCAGGCAGAGCCUUGCGCCUGCAGCAUAGGCCACGGCGAGCAGAACUCCAAGAGGAACCGCUCAGAUGCCAUCGUCGUAUAUGAUCAUUCCAGGAUCACCUUGAAAGCAGAGAAUAACCACGGCAACUCAGAUUACAUCAAUGCCAGUCCAAUUAUGGACCAUGACCCUCGCAACCCUACUUACAUCGCCUCACAGGGCCCACUUCCUUCCACCGUGACGGACUUCUGGCAGAUGGUGUGGGAGAGCGGCUGCGUUGUCAUCGUGAUGCUGACCCCACUCUCUGAAAAUGGAGUGAAGCAGUGUCAUCACUACUGGCCAGAUGAGGGAUCUGAUGUCUACCACAUCUACGAGGUAAACUUGGUGUCUGAGCACAUCUGGUGUGAGGACUUCCUGGUGCGGAGUUUCUACCUGAAGAACCUGCAGACUAAUGAGACCCGCACUGUCACACAAUUCCACUUCCUGUCCUGGAUGGACCGUGGGAUCCCCAACUCGGCCAGGACCCUGUUGGACUUCCGCAGAAAGGUUAACAAGUGCUACCGGGGUCGAUCUUGCCCAAUAAUUGUUCACUGCAGUGAUGGAGCUGGCAGGAGUGGGACUUACAUUCUGAUUGACAUGGUCCUCAAUAGGAUGGCUAAAGGUGCUAAAGAGAUUGAUAUUGCCGCUACCCUGGAGCACUUGAGAGACCAGAGAGCUGGCAUGGUCCAGACAAAGGAGCAGUUUGAGUUUGCGCUGACAGCCGUGGCAGAGGAGGUGAACGCCAUCCUGAAAGCGCUUCCUCAGUGA